UCAUCGAAGUUGUCUUCCAUUAGAGAUUUGGGGCAUGGGCCCGAUCGUUGCUUACAUUCUUGUGGUGCUUCUCUUCCAGAGCUCGACAUCAUCAGCUAUGUUCAGUUUCAUACAAGAAGCCACCGAUCUCUCGAGCUCGGAUUUGUUUAACUAUGACUACAUAAUCGUGGGUGGUGGAACCGCGGGAUCACCCCUUGCCGCGACGCUUUCGAGCAAAUACAAAGUUCUCGUGCUCGAGAGGGGGGGAUCACCGUACGGCAAUCCAAACAUCACCAGGAUCGAAAACUUUGGAGCAAUUCUAUUCGGCGACAGCCCCCAAUCGCCACUCCAGGUCUUCUUCUCCACCGAGGGCGUACGAAACGGGAGAGCUCGAGUUCUUGGAGGAGGAUCCAGUGUAAAUGCCGGGGUUUAUUCUCACGCCGAGCAAUCUUUCAUCACUACUCUGGGUCUCAAUCCUUGCCUGGUGAAUCAGUCCUACCGCUGGGUUGAGAGUGUCGUGGCUUCCAUUCCAGAUCAACUUGGGCCUUACCAGACAGCGUUCCGGCAAUCGCUACUCCAAGCUGGAAUCACACCCGACAACAACGCGACGUAUGAUCACUUGGUUGGAACCAAAACUUCUGGUACCAUAUUCGAUCAUUCGGGAACUCGAAGGCCAGCUUCAGACCUCUUUGUCUAUGCGAAUCCAAGAAACAUCAAAAUUCUCCUCCAUGCCACAGUUCUACGAAUUCUCUUCUUGCAAGGUGUAUCGCCAAAAGCGUAUGGAGUGGAGUUUAAAGACAAGCUUGGGCGUAUCCGGAAAGCUUUUCUUUCCCCCAAGCGAUCCAGCGAGGUAAUUCUUUGCGCAGGUGCGAUUGCAAGUCCACAGCUCCUAAUGCUAAGUGGAAUCGGACCUGGAAGCCAUCUUCAAUCCAAAGGCAUCAAAGUGAUCAAGGAUUUCCCAGAGGUCGGGAAACAUAUGGCAGACAACCCCACAAUCUACUUGUUCGUCCCAUCGCCAUCUUACGUCGAGGUCUCCACGAGUCUAAGCGUCGGGAUCACGUCCUUUGGGAGCUAUAUCGAGGGUGAUAGUGGAGGAACGCUAGCGCCCAACGCGAGCUUCCUUGUUGAGAAGGUCAAUGGCCCAGCUUCCAUGGGCGACCUCUACCUGGCCACCAUAAAUGUGGAUGACAAUCCAGUUGUAAGUUUCAACUAUUUCCAAGAGCCAAGAGAUUUGCAAGUUUGCGUUGCAGGCGUGGAUGCAGUGGAGAAAGCAUUGCUCUCAAACGCUUACAAACCUUUUCGUUAUGAUAAUCAAACUCUCCCCUCCGGAGGAACAGUGAUUUCUCCCAACAGGAGUUAUUCAAGUAUGGGCGCCAUCAACAGCACCCUUGCAGAUUACUGCAAAAGAAACGUCGCAACUUUGUAUCACUAUCACGGUGGCUGCUUGGUAAACAAGGUGGUAGAUUCCAACUUCAAGGUGAUUGGGGUACACAACUUACGUGUGGUGGAUGCUAGCGUUUUAUACAUCUCGCCUGGAACCAAUCCACAAGCCACUCUGAUGAUGCUUGGAAGGUAUGUCGGGAAAAGUAUCGUCGACAAGAUCCCUCCAUGCUAAGAAUAAUUUCAUCUAAACCAUACAUACAUAAAUUGCAAAAGUGUAAAAGAAUCAAAUAGUAUUAUCUCUAGUGAAAAUGCACUAGCAAGUACGUCCCUCAGCCAUGAGCUGUUGGAGACUGCGUUCUGGCUGGGCAACAAGAAACUUCUGCGGUUUGUGGAAUUGGAAAUGAAAAGCGAUGAACCAUUGGAGAGAUGGAUCAGGAGAUAUGGCCUUGCGUGGCCGCUGGAACCGCCAAGACAUGGACCUUGCUUUGGUAAUGUAAUA